UUUCGUUAGAAUGUGUAUGAAAGUUGCGUAAGGGAUGUGUCAUCAGUGAUUUUAAAUGUUUUUUUUAAUUGAAUUUUAGUCUACUAAUUAGUAAAUAAUUUCCAGUGUGAGAAUGGAAAAUUCAAAUAGAAUGAAAGAACUCCAGCAAAAGCUCCAAUACUAUAAAACAUUGAUAAAAGAUUAUGAAAAGACAAAGCAAGAGUUGAAUGCUAUAGCAAUGGACAAGCCCAAGUUUUCACCUCCCACACAGAAGCAAAAUGUUCUUGAUGUUUCACGAAAAUGGCAAACUCAACAGACAUAUAAUUAUUCUAAUGUGUCAAAAUUUAAUAGUAAAUAUGUUUUGAACAGAACAAAAGGAAUCUCAUCACAACCAAAUAUUCCAUUUCAAAAUAAUGCAAGUGUACAGUAUAAAAAUGCAAAAACUACUCUAAUAAACAAAAUCAAUUCGCCUAAAAAUAGUUUUAGGGUACAGUAUAAAAAUUCUAAAACUACUCUUAUAAACAAAAUUAAUUUUCCAAAAAAUAAUUUGCAGGUACGGGUACAGUUUAAAAAUCCUAAAACUCUUAUUAACAAAAUUAGUUCUCCAAAAAAUGAAUUGAGGGUUCAGUUCAAAAAUCCUAAAACAACUCUCAUUAAUAAAGUUAGUGCUCCAAAAAAUGAAUUGGGGGUACAGUUUAAAAAUCCUCAAGCUACUCCCCUUAAUAAAAUUAUUUCUCCAAAAAAUGCUUUAUGCAGUGCUCCAGCACAGCCAUUGAUCCAUGAAAGAAAUUUAGGAUUAAAGUUGAAUAUUCUCUCCCCUAAAUGUACUACAGAGCCUUUUGCAAAAAAUUCUGAUAACCCAACUGAAACUACUAAAAAAGUGGAUUCAGUUGUUAAAGUAAGCCCUGGGCCUUCAAAAGUUGCAGAUGUGCCCAAGAUGUCCCAAACCUGUAAUAUUAGAGAAAAAACUUUGAGUCUAGAUACAAACUUGGAAAAAUGUUCAAGUAAACCUCUUAGUGCAUACUCACAGAUUUUGAAUGAUAUUAUAUCUCUCACAAAGGAAUUGAAGCAAUCUACAAAAGACAGUGAUUCUUGUAAAAGUCUAAAAAGCUCAAUUCUUACCAAAGCUGGGAGUUCUGUUGGAAAACAUCUUUUACCAGAGAAGGGAAAAGUGUCUGAUCUAACUAUUUCAAGCAAUUUAAAAGUUGUGAAUAAAUUCUGUAUGGCUAAACUUCGAAAAAGUAACCCAGUGGGUGAUUUAAAAGCUGCAAAAUUGAGAGAAAUUAGGAAUUUAGAAAUUAAAAAUGUGAGCAAUAAAGCUGGCGCAGGAUCUUUUGUUACUGUUUCUUUGGGGUCAAAUUUGCACAAUCUUCCAUCAACUUCAUUAUCGAAAACCAAUGAUGAUGUAAAAACAAGAAGAAAUUCAAAUAGGAAAAUAUUUUCUUCUCAGUACAAAGUUGUAAAUAAAAACAGUGGAUCACAUGUUAAGCUUUCAGCUCUGAAAUUGGUAAAAACUAAAGCAGUCGAUUCGAAAGCUAUGUCAGCAGAAAAGCUACGUCUUCAAAAGCUACAUCUGCAGAAAAUACAUCAGAUUAGUCAAUGUUCACCAAAACUAAGAAAUGUCUUGAAUACAAAAUAUAAAAUUAUCAACAAAACUAGUAGAAAUUCUAUAUCAAAAGCAUCCAUUCAGUCAGGUUCUAGUAAAAAGAUUUGUAAUGUUGAUAAAAUGGUAAAUAAUUCAUCUAAUGUUCAGAGCCCAUCUUUUAAAUUGGGAAUUAAAAUGCCAAAUAUGAAGGCAUGUAAAGUUGUUAAUGUUACACCCAUUUUUAAACUUACCCAUAAUGUAAAAAAUAAAACAAAUGUUCAUGUUUCACAUCAUAAAAAUUCAAUUAAAAGACCUAGAGUUUUAAAUUCCAAAUAUAAAGUAGUUAACAAAUUAUCCACCCCAAAACAAAGUAUCUUUAUAAAUAAAUCAAUUUUUCAAAUUAAUAGUCAGAAGAAAUCAGAUAGAGUUCAAAGAUUUGUUGCAGACAGACUGUCUCAUAUUCAUCGAAAUUCAACUCAUAAACCAGUUUUGCUGAAGAGAUUAUAUAAAAGCAAAAACAAAAUUAUAAAUAAAAAUUCCAGCCCAGUUACUCAAACUGCAAAAAUGAUAAAAACAAAAUAUGUUGCAUUAUACAAACAAAGGUCAUUGCCAUCACAUAAGCAGUUUGUAGGGCCAAGACAUAAAAUGUCUAAAGGCCAUCACUUAAGACCCUAUUAUAGUAAGCCAAGACAUACUAAACAUGGAUAUUAUUCUGCUGCAUUUUAUAAUCCACAUGCAAUAAGGUUUUUAAGCACAAAUCGAUAUUCAAAGAUAAAUAUGAAGGUGAAGAAAAGUUCCUUAUACAAAAGAAGAUUCACGCCUGCCAGGUAUGGUUAUAGGAGUAAAUUUGCAUCAGGUUAUGGAAAAACUUUCUAUAAAAAUUCAAAGUUUGUUGCUCCAGUUUCCCAACUUUUAGCAAGUCGAGUCUUGCAUCGUAGUAUAAAUCAAGCUGUCAUCAAAAGUACAAGAAAAAAUUCAACGAAGGUUAAUACUUACUGCAUGUUUUAUAAUCGGUUUGGCAAAUGUAAUAAAGGAAUAAAAUGUUCUUUUAUUCAUGAUCCCAGCAAAAUUGCUGUCUGUACAAGAUUCUUGCGAGGGACAUGUAAAAGUGAAAGUUGCCCCUUUUCACAUGAAAUCAGCCCGGGCAAAAUGGCUCUUUGCACUUACUAUUUGCUGGGCUCAUGCAAAAAUGAUAAGUGCCCAUAUAGGCACGAAUCAUUAUCCCCCAAUUCUGACUUAUGUAAGGAAUUUGUCCAAGGAUACUGCUCUAAAGGAAGAAAGUGUGAUAAAGCUCAUAUUCUUAUUUGUCCUCAUUAUGCAAAGGGCGAGUGUGAUAAGGGAGAUAAAUGUCUCUUCCCUCAUCCUCCUCAAAAAGCUAAAAAGAGCAGCCCACAAGAUGUUAAAGAGGUCACAAAUGCGAAUGCAUCAGAGGAGCAAUUCUUGGAAAAUGUCAGCCGUUAUUUCCAGACAUUCACAGAAGAAUCAGUACAAAGUCAUUCCUCUAAGCCAUCUGAAAAUUGUCAAAGUGUUUUAGUUCGGAGAUCGCGACUUUUACCUGAACAGCCGUCUUUCAUCCCUCUAUCGCAAUCAGUGGGGACACUGGAUGGUAUAUGAAGCAUUUGAGUUUAUAUCAUAUUCAGUUUUAAAGGUAGAGCAUUUUUACUAAAUACAGUCCUUAUCAGUUUUAGAUCUAUCGUAAUUGUUUCCAGCUCUGGAUUUUAAAUCCUGCAAUAUCAACAUAUUUUUAUUUCAGGAUAGAUCUUUUUUUCCCUUUCCAGUUUUUAAAUAAUUCUAAUUAACUUGUAAAGUUAGUUUUUUGUUGCUCGGUUUUCUGGCUCAUCUGUUGCUAUAAAUUUAAUAACAUAUCAGUUUUAUUUUUUUAAAUUUAUUUUGAUGUCAAGGUAAAAAGUAUUUAUUUUAAUGUUCUUGGUUAUUGAACUCAUCAAAAUGUGUAUAGUCUUUUUACAGGAAGAAAAUAUUUCCAACAUCUGCGAAAUUGUAUGAAAAUAAUUUAUUAAUAAAG